GAAAAAGAUCGCUAAUUUACUUUCUUGUGUCAACAACGUUUAGUUUAAGCUAAUUUCCAUUUUUUUAAAAAUUUCCUAAAAGCUUGAGUAUUCAUUCCAAAGAAAAGGAAAUUAAUGGUAGCUUUUUUCAAUUUCAAUUCGUUUUCACACCUUUUGACACCAUUAAAAAGUUAAAAACUUUCAACAGCUCUACCACACAAUUAUUAUUCGCUCUCUCUCUCUCUCUCUCUCUCUCUGAAAGUCUCCAUCUCUAUCUCCAGUGAGUAGUGAGUUUUAGUGGAGGAAGAAUCAGAUUCAAAGCCAAAAUCAAAGCUUGGUGAUGGGAUCUGGAGCUGGAAAUUUCCUCAAGGUUCUUCUCAGGAACUUCGAUGUUCUUGCUGGGCCUGUGGUUAGUCUCGUUUAUCCUCUAUAUGCUUCAGUCCAAGCGAUUGAAACUCAAUCUCACGCUGAUGACAAACAAUGGCUAACUUAUUGGGUCCUUUAUUCAUUACUUACUCUCAUCGAGCUCACAUUCGCCAAACUCAUCGAAUGGUUACCGAUAUGGUCAUACAUGAAGCUGAUCUUGACUUGCUGGCUUGUUAUUCCUUACUUCAGCGGCGCUGCGUAUGUCUAUGAACAUUUUGUGAGACCUGUGUUUAUUAACCCGCGGAGCAUUAACAUUUGGUAUGUGCCAAAGAAGAUGGAUAUCUUCAGAAAGCCAGACGAUGUGUUAACAGCUGCUGAGAAGUACAUUGCUGAGAAUGGACCUGAUGCUUUUGAGAAGAUCUUAAGCCGGGCCGAUAAAUCAAGAAGAUAUAAACAUGAACAUGAAAGCUAUGAAACAAUGUAUGGUGAGGGUUAUCAGUACUAAGAGAAGAAACUUGAAAAGCUUUUAAUUUUAGAAUGUGUGAAGCAAGCUCAUGUCGUUGUUCUUGUUUGUUUAUGCUUCUAUUUUUGUGGAUCUCUCUCGUGUAAAAAAGUUGAUAAUUAAAUCAAGAUGCUUUAUGCUCCAAUUUAAUAAAGUUUAGAAUCGAACUA